AUGGAGGACGAGAAGUCUGCAAAGGUCAAGAAAAAGGGUGCCGCUCACCGAAAGUCUCUCUCUUGCGAGUAUUGCAGUCGAUCCUUCGCCCGCUUGGAGCAUCUCCAACGCCAUCUCCGCACCCAUACCAAGGAAAAACCUUUCUCAUGUGACAUUUGCUCCAAAUCUUUUGCCCGGAGUGACCUUCUGGUGCGACAUGAACGAUUGGUCCACCCAGCCGAGAGUGCUGCCAGUCGAGAACAUCGGACACAUAAUGGAGUCGAUAAUACCCACCAUGAAAUUCAGAUACAGCCGACUAUAACUCAACCCGCCCACCAUGAGUCGCGCAUGCUAGAGCUUGCCGAUGCCAUCCCGGUCCACACCCAAGUCCCUCCACCUCCCGAAGUCCAGGUCCAGCCUCCGUCGAUUGUCGAGACACCGCAUUUCAAUCCUUCCUGGGGCUAUGAUUUGAAUCUCUUGUCGCACGCCGCAAGCCAUGUCGCUUUGGAGGGACAGCAGGAAAGUCUGGAGUCGCUGCGAAAACCAUCACAUUCGGUCGGCACACCAUCUCAUUCCAUUGCACAAGUCCCAGAAAGAGGGAUUACGGAUAACUACGGCCUUGAGCCCUCUAUUCUGGACCUAACGGAUCUUGGGGAUCCUGUUCAAGACUUCACAGUCUUUCUGGAAAGUGUGGGUCUGUCGUCCGAUUUGGGACUCUGGGGUGUUCUCGCAGAAGAACCGCCAUCCUUCUCCAACUUCGGGUCCCGAUUACCGUCCUUGCAACCCGAGUCUCACGAGAUUGAAGAUCGCAUUGGUCUAUCCGAUGAAGGCUCGCGACCCGCAUGGGAUAUUACCAAUUCUGAUCGCCAGGUUUUUAUGUCAAAGCUCGAAGAGUUCUCCUCUGUUCUUCCGAAGGGUUUUGUUCCGCCGUCGCGGCACGCUCUAUCUCGCUUCUUCGCUGGAUAUAUCAAUGGGUUGAAUGAACAUCUUCCCUUUGUGCAUGUUCCUACACUAUCUAUUGCCAAAAGCUCUCCCGAGCUGACCCUGGCGACAGCAGCGGCGGGAUCACACUACCGCUUCGAAAACGGCCGGGGAAUCGACCUUUUCCAUGCGGCAAAAGCAAUUCUGUUAGAACGUCUCCGUCGAAGAGAUAGCAGGCAGGUCCCUCAUCCAUCAUGGAACUAUGUUUCUCCUCCCUCGAAUUUCCACAACUCCCGUGGUUCGUCCAUGAUCUCGAAUACCGCGAGCAGUCCAUUUCAAAAUCAAAGCCUCCCGAAUUCUUCUAUCAAUACGACGAUCUAUACACCAGACGAUGCUGAUGCCCAUAUGGAAGUGAUUCGAACCUUUUUACUCUUGACCGUGUUUGCGUCCUGGGAAAGACAUCCAGAACUUCUUCGAGAGAUCCUAUCGCUUCAAAGUACACUGGCUCGGCUUGUUCGGGAACACGGACUCGCAGAACCACCUCCCACCCCUGAACCCAUAAGUUGGGAAGAGUGGGUACGAAGAGAAGGCAAUAGACGUACGAAACUGAUUGUCUACUGUUUCUCCAACCUCCACUCUAUCAUGUACAACAUUCCUCCGCUGAUCUUGAAUGGGGAGCUGAAACUGAACAUGCCCUGUUCACACGACCUUUGGAAAGCAUCCAAUCCAGCCCAAUGGCGACGAGUACUCCGCACUCGACAAGGUUCAGAUGUUCCGUUCCAGGAUGCGUUUGCACGGCUUUUCUUAAAAUCAUCGAUCUCCCUCCCAUCGACUCCUAUUUCUCCUCUCGGCAAUUACAUCCUCAUCCACGCCAUCAUUCAGCAAAUCUUCUUUGCCCGCCAACUUUGUUUGUCGGCUCCAAACAUGCAUGGGACUAGUCUGAGACAAGAAGAUCUCAACGUCUUAGAUCACUCUUUGACUGGCCCUAUCGCCUUUACAUCAACGGCGCUUCUGGGACUUGCCUACAUCCGACUACAUGUUGACCUCGGCCCCUGCAGACAUCUGAUCACUCAGGACCCAGUCCAAAUCGCAGGAGCCCUGAUCGAGUCGCCACCUAUCUUCCGGAGCCCUCGGUUGAUCAUGGCACUAUUACACUCAGCCCAUGCUCUGUCCAUUCCCGUCCGACUAGGUAUUGACUUCGUGGCAAGGACACACUCGUUCUUCUGGAGCAUUCAGCACUCUCUCUGCAGCUUAGAAUGUGCUUUUCUCCUCAGCAGGUGGCUCCUCGCCAUCCCUGCCACGCAGCCAGAGCAGAGGUUAUCCGAACAUGAGCGCAAACUGCUCCUGUGGAUCAAGAGCAUGAUGGAUGAAACCGAAAUGGCUGUUGAUCCGCCAGGAGCACCUGACAUGGAGUUCAUGGCGAACCCAUACAAAGUGCGCCAGCUCAGUGUCGCCAUAGUCCGGGUUUGGGCCCGGACGUUCAAGGGUAACACCAGCUGGGCGAUAGUGGACUUGGUAGGCAUGAGCUUGGAUACCUACGCCGAUCUUUUGGAGAGCUCAACAGGCUUCACAUAA